GUUUUUAUUCCCCUUUAAACACCCACCUGCAUUUUGUUUUAAAUGCACGGUUGCUUCUUCAAAUAUGUUGACCAUUGCUUAUGAUUGAUGAAUGGAGGAGGCACAAAACUAAGAGAAGGUACACUUUCUACUAUGGUGAUUUUGAGAUUGUAAUAUGAAAGCAGUGCCUAAACAGAUUACCAUGGCAAUGAAGUCCUACAAAGAUCAGGCUCACAUGUUGGUGAAGAAUUACUUAUUGGCUGAUCCUUUCGUUCCUUAUACUUCCAUCCUCAGUGGCAUGCUUGCUUCCAAACUGGUCUAUGAUCUGACCGACUUAAUCAGCAGCUUUUACAUCAAGACUUACCCUAGUAUUACUAAAAUUCAACGAGUAGAUUGGAACAAUCGGUUAUGGCACUCUACGACUCAUGCCAUUUUCAUUUCUACUUUGUCGUUGUACUUCGUUUUCUUGUCGGACCUCUUUUCUGACCCAAAGCUUUUGGGUCUUAUUGUCUUCAGAAGCUCAACACUGUCUACUUUUGGUUUAGGGGUAAGUUUCUCUUGGUACUUCUUUUCGGAUCUUGCUAUAACUUUAUGGCAGUAUCCCUCUUUAGGUGGAAUAGAAUAUGUUAUCCAUCAUAUCCUUUCUGGAAUUGCAGUGGCAUAUUCAAUGUUUACCGGAGAAGCCCACCUGUAUACAUACAUGGUUCUUAUAUCUGAGGUGACAACCCCAGAGAUCCAUCUGAGAUGGUACCUUGAUACAGCUGGUAUGAAGAAUUCCAUUGCUUAUCUCAUUAAUGGUAUCGUCAUCUUUAUUGGCUGGCUGAUUGAAAGAGUUCUGUUGUUUGGCUACAUGUUCUACCAUGUGUACUUGCAUUAUGAUCAGGUGAUGAAGAUGCAUACCUUCGGGUACAUCUUGGUUUUCGGCGUACGAUCCGCAUUAGGCAUCUUGAACAUGAUGAGGUUUGGGAAGAUUAUUAGAGGUCUAUUGAAGACUUUAGCAAAAAGGGGAUCACCCACAAAGGAAGUAGACGGUGAACAUUAAUUAUUCCAUUAUUGUUCUGCCGGAGAUCUGUGUAUUUUCCCCACAUGUGCAAAUGUAUAAAGAUGGAGAAAUAGGUGAAAA